GAGUCUCAGUCUGUCACAAUGGUUGAGGUUGGCUGGCUAGGUUAACUAAUCUGUUGAGUAUGAAGAAAUUAUUUAAAAAGGAAACUAUUUACAAGAUUGUGUAUUGUGUUUUCAACACCAAAGAAACAGUUCUCAUUUACUGCAUUCAACAAUUUAAUUCGUUACAUGUUGGCUACAAAACACAUAAGUUACUUAAGUUUUAGUUCAUCAAUGCCUGUAAUAAAAUGAAGAGGAGUUUGAAAGGGUUUUGUAAAUUUCUUGGGUUAGGUGUGAUUACUAUAUUUACAACUGUUGUAAUUUUCAAACAUGUUAGACCUCCGAGAGACUUUAGUUCUAACUACUACAAAGUUAGGGGAGUGAAUCCUAUACCUCCUCCGGAGAAAUUAGUUAGGUUAGAAAACAAAUAUUCCUCACAUCAACUAGAAAAUGAAGUGAAAGAUUCUUUACAUUUAGAAAAUUUUGUUAAAGUUGAUUGGCAUGAUUACCGACAAAUUGAAGAAGACAAAGCUAGAAGUGGUAAUGGAGAACACGGGAAACCCGCAACACUUCCUUCUUCAGUGACUGACAAAGAAAAAGAAAAUCUAUACAAAACUAACGGGUUUAAUGCGCUGCUUAGUGAUCACAUAUCGUUGAACCGGUCUUUGCCGGAUAUUCGUAAGAAAGGGUGCCAAAAAAAGCAGUACAGAUCGGACUUGCCCUCCGUGAGUGUGAUUGUUCCGUUCCACAACGAACAUUGGAGUACGUUGCUGCGAACAGCGUGGAGUGUAGUCAACCGAUCUCCUUCACACCUACUGAAGGAGAUCAUCCUCGUAGAUGACUUCAGCUCAAAAGACCAUUGCAAGAAGCCAUUAGAUGACUACGUCGCCCAACAUCUGCCCAAGGUGAAGGUGAUACACUUGCCUCAGAGAGACGGUUUGAUCAGAGCUCGUCUGGCUGGAGCGAAAAUAGCCUCCGGACAGGUACUGAUAUUCCUGGACUCCCACACCGAGGCUAACAUAAACUGGCUUCCUCCACUUCUAGAGCCGAUCGCUGAGGACUAUCGCACUUGUGUUUGUCCCCUCAUAGACGUCAUCGCCUACGAGACAUUCGAAUACCGAGCACAAGACGAGGGUGGUCGGGGAGCUUUUGACUGGGAGUUCUACUACAAGAGACUUCCUUUGCUCCCUGAAGACCUCAAAAACCCGACCGAGCCUUUUAGAUCACCAGUGAUGGCUGGAGGAUUGUUCGCUAUCAGUGCAAAAUUCUUCUGGGAGCUCGGAGGUUACGACCCUGGCCUUAACAUCUGGGGUGGGGAACAAUACGAGCUGAGCUUCAAGAUCUGGCAGUGCGGUGGGCGAAUGUUCGACGCUCCUUGCUCCCGCGUCGGUCACAUCUACAGGAAGUUCGCCCCUUUUCCAAAUCCUGGCAUUGGAGAUUUUGUUGGCAAGAACUACCGGCGAGUGGCGGAGGUGUGGAUGGACGAAUAUGCAGAGUAUCUGUACAAGCGUCGUCCGCAAUACCGCUUCAUCGACCCAGGUGACCUUACUGAGCAGAAGGCCAUCCGUGAGCGUCUGCAGUGCAAACCCUUCCGUUGGUUCAUGGAAGAGGUUGCCUUCGAUCUUAUCAAGAAGUAUCCUCCUGUAGAGCCUCCAGAUUUCGGCUACGGAGAGAUAAGGAACGAUGUGGCCAAGGAACUCUGCGUGGACACCAAGCACAAAGGUGGUGAUGAUCCUUUCGGCUUGGACGAUUGUAUCAAAGACAAUCCUGGGAAGACUGGCGAACAGGAGUUCUUGUUGACGUGGCACAAAGACAUCCGCACAAAAGGGAGAGGCAUGUGCUGGGACGUUAGCGCUCCUGGUGACAAAGCCCCUGUACAACUCUAUACUUGCCAUGGAGGACAGGGUAACCAGCUGUGGAGAUAUGAUGUGGACAAGAAGUGGCUGGUGCACGGCGGCAACCCCAGAUGUCUAGACACAGAUUUACAUCGCAAGACUAUCUUUGUGACAACUUGUGAUCCCAACUCCGAGACUCAACGUUGGCACAUCUCCAACCUUAACUAUAAAGCUUUGGCUAACUGGGAACAAUCUGGACCUCAGUAGAGUUCCAUUUAGGUUUCCUGGGGGAAGAGAGUUACAGUAAAACAGUGAACACAAAAGCGCUGUGAUCAUAUCUAAUAUAAUUUUCGGCAAGUUUUUAUCUUUGUUAAUCAAGUUUUAAUCAUCCGUAUAUUUUCAUCAGUUGUCAGAUUGUUUAGAACCAAAUUUACACAUAUUUCAUCAGUGAUCAUUUUAUUCCGGAUUGAUUUUCUGGGUGUGACACAGUAAAUUUUGAUCUUAUCUCAUUGUGUCUCUCUUUAUCCAGGUUGUGAUCGAUGAUUUGUCUUUACUUUAAAACUUGUGAACAAUUGCUCAGUCAUUGUUACCUUUCUGUUAUAUUAUUUUGUAUAUUUUAUUGUUGACUUCAAAAGUCAUUCACGUAGCAGGGUUUGUGUGUAUAGUCAGUGAGAUUGUUUACGGAAUGUCUAAGUGAUGUAAUGUCUAAAGUAAAAAAAAAGGUUUAACGGUAUUUGGCCGCUGCGUGGCAGAUUGCUUGUUGAUUUUGCUCGUCGUGAAAAGCUGAAAAUUGAGGGAAGUGGCAUUCACUGAUUUUUCCCCUUGGACAUUUUUUGACACUGCAACAUUCCUUUGAAAUAGGGCAAAAUAAUAGUUUUCCUGAAUUGAAAUUUUAAUACAUUAAAAUGUAUGAUGAUUAUCCAUGAACAAAAAAUGGAUAAGACAUAGUUAAUUGUAUAGUGAGACUUAUUAAUGUAGUAAUAUUUUAGUUAGUUGCUUUAGUCAAUUUACAGUAUUUUCUAUAAAUCACAAUAAGAUGAUCAAAUCAUUAUGUGUAGCAAAAGAAUUUUUACGUUAUUUUCUAUUCUUAGUUCUAAAGAUCAAAAUGUAUUUUGAACUAGUAUUGAGUUCUUUUCUGCAAUUUUGAACUCUUUAAGAGUUAAGAGGUAUAUAAAUAUAUAUUAAAAUAUAUUAUUGUUUUAUUCAAAACUUUUAUUACUAUAUUCAAGUUAUGUAUUUUUUUAAGUUAGAGGCCCUUUUACUUAAAAGGUUAUGUAUUCCAACUAUCCCAAACGGUUCCUUUAAAAUAACUGUAGUUUUUAGAUUAGUAUUUAAAAAAAUAAUAAUUUGCAGGUUUAAUGGGUAGUUUUUAUACAAUAUUUAAGUCAUUCACAAUGCCAUCCGGAGGUAGAUUUAAAUCUUUCUGUCCUAAAGCAAUAGCUAAAAAGGUUUGCUUUGCAACUUAAUAGAUUACCUUGUAGGAAUUGUUUUGUCCUUGGAUUGUUUUGACUAUUUUAAGACACAGUUGUCUAAAUGUGUAUAAUCUUGCUAUUUCAACCCCUUCCAGGGAUUUCCUUUUCCCAAUUUACCACAAACAAUCUUUCAGGAAUCCCAAACUCCCUUAGUUAGUUAUUUAUAAUUUUUCUACAAACGCCCACGCCAUCCUUCUUCAAACAGAGUGUAAAUUUUGAUGCCAGUUUACUACAGAUUCACCUUGUUAAACUCUAGUUUUCUUAGUUUAAUGAUCUUAAAAAAAUCAGAAAUAUCCAAAACUUUAAUUGAAUUAUCCUCAUUACUUCCACACUAACUUUUAUGGUGAUUUUACGGACAGAGCAAAUAAAACUAAAGAAGUUCGAAUAACCGUACAUAUGUGCGCCUGUAAACUGUGAUUAGUUUUCAGUAAGUUGUCAAAACAUUUUUAAAAAUCAGAAAAUAGUUGGAGGUUGUUUAUAUUGAUUUGGUGUUUAAUGUAAAUAAACUCUUUCUUUUCCCAAGUUUAAGGUGCUCAUUGAUUAUAAGUAUUAGCACUGACUAUUGGAUACUGAAGUUGUAUUAAUAGUCAAAGGUAUUAGCAUUAGCUCAUAAAACCUUCAGUUUUUCUUUGUAAUUUAUCUUCUCAUAGAGCUGUUUAAACAAGAAACCUAAACUAUGGUUUGCACAACAAUAAUUUAGGAAUGAAAAAUGAACGUUGUAAUUUUAGAUAUUCCACUAUCCUGAAACAGCAUCAGUUGCUAAUGUUUUUAGCUGAUAAUACAUAGAACAAAACCUAUUAUUGAACAUGUAAAUGUUUGCCUUGCCCAACCAUAGGUUUACAAAUGCAGGAGUAUUUUUGCACAAGUAGUGUUUAACUGCAGCUGUCCACAAAUGUGCCUUAUGUAGAAAAUAGAUUAUAUUUGGCACAUUCACAAAUUUUAACUAGGUGUCAACAUUUCUUGUCUGGUUUGUAAUAACCGUCUUGAUAAGCAAUUUCCAACCUUUAAGAAUGUACUGAGAGUAGUUAUAAGAUGUUUUCGCAACGUUGCAUUUACAUUGCCUCCUUAUGGAUAGAUAUAAGUGUGGUGUCAUGUAUAAUCAAAAUUUUAAAAAAAGUGUCGCUCUUCUAAGGGAGAGGUUUGUGUAGUAUUUCAUCAGCUAAGCUCUUUUUGAUACGAAUACUGUAUUAAACAAAUUUUGUUUAACGACCUGGGCAAAGUCAAGGUUUGAAAAUUUAUGAGGAUUGAAAAUACACUAGAUCUUUUUCUUCAACUAUAUUUCUGUCACAUUGCAUCAUUCUUUAAGCUGGCUUUUUCAAAAAAUUUGAAAUAGUUAGCUCCUAAAAUUGCUAUAAUAUUGUUUUGCUAUUUAAAACUAACAGCUGUUUAUCAAUGUAUUUCAAACACACGUUAUAUUGUUUACAAAGUACUAAAAAAAACUAGACUAUCUUCACACUGUAACCAAACUGUCUGAUAAUGUUACAUUAGCCAAUGAUGAAAUCUGCAGAAGCAAACAACCAUACUACUACGUUGGUGAUAGCUACAGCCCGACUCAGUGGUGUCUCGGAAGGUUGAAUGGUAGUAUUGUCUCCGUCAAGUCCUCAGUUGUUGUCUCUGUCGUUACCUCAGUUGUUGCCUCAUUUGUUGCCUCAGUUUUUGUCUCCAUCGUGACCUCAAUUGUCUCCGUCAUGACCUCAGUUGUCUCCAUCGUGACCUCAGUUGUCUCAUUUGUUGCCUCAGUUGUCUCAUUUGUUGCCUCAGUUGUCGUCUCAUUUGUUGCCUCAGUUGUCGUCUCAUUUGUUGCCUCAGUUGUCGUCUCAUUUGUUGCCUCAGUUGCUGUCUCCUUUGUUGCCUCAGUUGCUGUCUCCAUCGUGGCCUCAGCUGUCUCCAUCGUGGCCUCAGUUGUCUCCAUCGUGACCUUAGUUGUCUCCGUCAUGAUCUCAAAUGUUCCCUCAUAUGUUGCAUCAGUUGUUGUCUCUGUCAUUACCUCAGUUGUCGUCUCCAUCAUGAGCUAAGUUCUUGCCUUAAAAUCAAUUCAUUCUAAUAUCUUAAUUCAAUCUGAAUACAAAUUUCAUCAUAAUUUUUCUAACACAUUCACCUGGCUUCAUAGCCCUCAUUGAAGCACAGAACAGCAUCUGAAGCACCAAGUUUCACGAUUUGAAAACCUACAACUGUGGUUUUUGCUAGCCUGCUCCAGAUGACAUUGUUUACGCUCUCGUUGGGAUUUUGGGUUUUACAGUGUAGGAAUUUCCUAAAGAGUUUUGAUUUUGAGAGGUCUUCUAAAAUCUUAUUAAUUACUUUGAUCAAAACAGUAGGAAGUGAGUUAUUGUUCUUGAAUUCCUCCAAUUCAUGGUUCAUGGUAUGCCCCAGUUUUUGUAUUUGCACCAUGACUGUUUAUCAUUAUAAAAUAACAUUGUUGCUAAACAUCUAAUAUCAUGUUGAUAUUUUUAAGUUUAAUCCAAGGAUUGUUGUACAAAAACUAUUAAUACAAAUACAACUAUUAAAUCAGACAUAUUCAUCCAAAGGAUUAGUUUCUAGAAGAUUGGCAAUCCCUUUUAAAAUAUUGGUUGUAUGCGGUUUUCAUUCUUUUUGCGGGCCUCAUCAGCAGUGUUUUAGAGGUGCAUCUACUGCCUCAGUUAAGGCUUUCAACUGCCUACUGUCUUAUUUAUUGACUUGGGUAUUUGGUGGAGCAAUUUUGAUAUCGGCAGAGAACAUUUUCCCUGAUUCCAGGCCUUUCCUGAUUAAGCGAAAUAUUAUGGAUGCACUUACAGUAUUGAUUACUUUUCAUUUGGCAAACAAAUAAACAAAUAGUUUUAAAAAUAAGAUGGAAGCAAUUUUGGAAGCUAACUAUUUAUUUUCAAUGCAUUAUCAAGCAAAGAAUAGUGCAGUAUGAUCAUCAAGAUGACCAAAGAAAUUCGACACUACAUUAUUUAUCACGAAGAAUCCAGAACGGAUUGUAAAAUGUGUGCAAUAAAUGUAUGGCUUUUAUUGAAUGGUGAUUGUUCUAAUUGAUUCCAUUAUUUUAACAUUAAUGUUGUAAAUUCUGUUAAUUGUACCGAAUGUAAGUUUUAAAAUCAGUAUUAUACUUUGCUAAAUUAAUACGGUAUGUAUUAGUCCAAAAUUUAUAAUUGCAUUUUUGUUUAUAGUUCCCAAUAAUAACCUUUGAGCUAAUCCAUAACUUGUUGUGAUAUUGAGGAUUAUGUUGUAUAGCCAUAUAUAAGACUGUUUUUGUUUAACAUUUAUUUUAUUCAGCUACUUGUUGUUUUUACAAGUGCAUUUAUGUCUUUAAUUAUAUUUUGUACGCUUACAGUAUUUUCAAAACCGCUAAAUGUGUACUCAAAGAGAACUUUUUGUUAAACGGAAAUUAGAAUGUAAGAGCACAAUCAGUGUUUUAUAGGCACAGAACAAUAUAGAUGUGUUAUAGUCGUUAGACUUGAAAUAUAGCCUAAAAUAGAUUUUAUUAAGAUGUAUAUUUAACUAUUUACUGUAAUAGAUGCCUAUGUACAGAGUUGUUAUUGUAUAUGUACUUGUUUACUAAAUUCUAUAAAGACAUAUUUGGUAA